GAAAAAUUGCAAGCCUGCGUGUCUGGUGUCUAGUCUAAAGUACAGUAAAUCUAAUUUGUGAAUUCUGUGAUAUUUUUUUAAAAAAUAUUCUCCUGAGUCUGGUCCAUGAAAAGAGAGUCAAUUCUGUCUGAUAAUGGAGCAAAAUAAUGAUCAGGAACCCCAUGAAAACGUUUCCCAAAGUCCCUCUAUUAGAGAAGAUUUGAUUGAUACAGCAAUAAAAUUCCUCCAAAAUCCGAAAGUAAUAGCCAGCCCCUUGUCACAAAAACAAACAUUUUUGCAAAAAAGAGGCCUAACAGAAGAUGAAAUAAGAAUUGCAUGUGAAAGAUCAGGCGCUUAUGACCAUGAUAAACAGCAAAUUAUACCCCCUGAGAUGCCACCUCCAUUAUCUCAAAAUAUGCUAGCAUCUUAUAACCAAUAUGGACAAAUGCGACUUAGUUUAUUUGAUAGAAUCACAGACAUCAUUCAUAGGGUUGCCAUGUUUAGUAUUGUGGCUUAUCUGAUCAAGAAAAUUUAUGAUACAUACAUAGCACCAUUUUUGUUUGGCACUAAGACAAAAUCCAUAGAAGACAAAAUAGAGAGUUUAGAAAAGAACAUUGAAGGUGCAAUGAAGGAUAUAAAAAGUAGCCUAGGGGAAGUUAAAGCUGAGGUAGAUAAAAUAAAGUUUACUUCAGAAAAUGAGCUGGCGUCAGAGUUGAAAGGAUUAGAGUCUGAUAUAGCAACAGUGAAAGGACUCUUGUUAACAAGAAAACAAUUUCCAUCAGUGACAAAUCCAAUUGUGCCUCCUUCAAUUCCGGCAUGGCAAUUGUCCAGUGUUCAUCAGGAAAACGAAGGCGAAAAUGAGGAACACAAAGAGGAGCUUCUUGAAGUUGGUUCAGGGUCUGGAUCAUCAGAACCAGAGCAUUUCAUGAAAACCAGUGAAUCCAGUUUGGAAAUAAUAUAUUCUUCGAAGGAUUGCGAUACGGAGUCUUGCCAUAGUAAAAAAAGUAGCCGCGAAGGAAAUCUUACUGAUUAAAUGAAAUCACAGUCACCAAAUGAAAAUAGUCUUAUUUAUUUAAUUAGGCUCUGUGUCAAUUCAGUGUCUGUCAAUUUGGCACGCGGCAUUUCGGCGUAGGACAAGUCAUCGCUGAAACAACUCAGUGCGGUACAACCCAACUGUCUCAGCUCGCGAUAUUUCAAUGCUGGGACAACUGGGAGCAAUAGUACAUUUUAAUUUUGUAUUUGUUAAAACAUAUCAGCAAUUUGACAACUCAGCACAUCUUGAUAGCUAGUCCACAUGUUUGUGAGGUAGUUCUAGUCAUAAAUCUUUUAAAAAAAACUCACUAAAGUAAAUUAACAUAUCUCAAAGGCCAAAAGUAGCUAGUCCACCUAUUUGCAUGCUUUAGGAGGGCUAGCUAAGGUUAUGUGGAUUUUUUUUUGGGUGAGUUUAGGUUAGUGGUCUGCAUACAAACAUUCUGCCCAAAUCUACGGUACUGAAAUAGUUGUACUUAUAGUCUCUUGCUUAUGCUUAAAUGUCGCCCGUCAAAUUGACACAUGCUAAACUGACACAGAAAAACUUUAAUUUAUCUUAUGAGUCAGCGGGACAAAGUAGAAUACUGAGAGUCAAAUCAUGGCGCGUUCCGGUGUUCUUGCACUUGGUCAGUGCAACAAGGAAAACCAAAAUCAGUCUACCAGGUUAAUCAUUUUACAACGAUUAACUUAUGUAAGGUGCUCUCUCCAAACGGGUUGUUUAGAGCCAAGUCCUAGGCUACAAUUUGACUCUCAAAUUUCAUGGUAGGGGUUCACCUAAAAAGUAUUCAAUAAAACUGCAAUAAGUUCGAAGCCAAAUUUAAGUUAAACUCAUCAGUCUAUUCAAAAAAAUGAAUAUGUUGGAGUGAAUUAAUUAUAAAUUGAUUGAUAUCAUUGAUCAUAUACGGCGAGCCGUUUCUGUCCAAUCAAAUACGAUUUUUUGACUAAUCACAACAAGAUUAUACUGAAGCAGUUGUUUGAAAUAGUUCAAAAUUUCGCUGUUGACAUGCAUUUUCAUAUAUUUAAAAUCGAAUCCAAACUAUUUGGGGACCGAUGUUUCAAUUGAAAAUAUGUAUUCAGGAAAAAUUCUACCAGAAAAUAUAAUAGAAACCAUCUCAGUAAUCUUGAUAUAUACCACUGGAGCUAAAUAUUUUUUUUUUUAGAAUAUAUUUUGACAUUUUUCAUCAAAAUUUCUGUAAAAAUAAUAUAACUAUAAUCUAGCACAAAAAUUCCAAAAUAUAUUCGAAAAAAUAUUCACCUCUUGUGAUAUACUUAUGAAUAGUUUAAUUCUACAUUUUGUAGCCAAACAAAGGCUCUUUUUUUGAAACAUUUCCUGGACAACCCUUGAUGGGUACCCUAAUCUGCAAAUCUUUUCAACAUGGCAAAUACACAUAAUAUGACUGUUAUUUUUAAGAUUUUGAAAUUUUAAUGUAAAGUUUUGUUACCAAAAACCACUCGAGCCUAAAUUAUAAGUGAUAAUUCAGGCACAAGUGGUGUUCUAAAUUAUGAGUGACUAUUUCACAGGAGUGUUUUACACCUGCAAUAAAAUCAGUAUUCAGCUGGCAAAAUUACAUGUUAUCAACUUGGACACACAAAAAUGUGAAAUAAAAAGUUAAUCGCAUCAAUCUUCUGCCAAAGUCAUCACUGGCAAAUGAGGCAAUCAUUCAAUUGCCAUCUCUUCAAAACCAUACCUACACAACUAAAGUACCACCUGAAAUUGUCUCACCUUGAAAGGGUCCAGGUCCCAACUGAUUCUGCUCUAAAUAGAAAAACUAGCGCACAAACUAGUAACUACUAUAAUAUAAUUGUAAUUUUUGUAUAUAUGAAUAAAUAUUUUUUUUUUUUAGAUGGGUACAUUGUUUACUAAUAAUAAUAAGUGUUUUUAAAGAAAUCUGUUUUCGGUUUAUUUUCAUAAUUCGCUCUGGUGAAAUAGUCAUGCUGAAUACCACGCAAGAAAAAAAUUUCUAGGCAGAAUUAUCCUCCUGUUCCUGGUUUUAUUCUAGCUUUUGUUGAUUCCUUUGGAUACUUGUGAUUUUGAGCAAGCAAUAAUCCUCCAUACCAGACAAAAAUUUUACUAGCAAAUUAUUUUCUUUUGUGGUAGGUACUACUAUACCGACAAUAUUAUGAUAAUUCAUUAUUUUCAAAUAUUGAUGUUAUACAUUUUUCCAGAUCAAUCAUUUAUAAGGUGUUUAAGGUAUUUAAGUUUGUAAAUAUGACGUGUACCUACUAUAACGUUUUUUAUUGUAAAAUAUGUUAUAUAUUUUUGUUGUUUCAUUAUAAUUUUUAUCU